AAAAAACCGGGUUUUAAGUGAGUGUCCAAUUAUCACUACCCUUGUAUUAAUUGCCUUUAUUAAAUAAUCAUCAUCACACAAUUAAUAGAGCCGAAAACGAAGUGGAGUAGUAUUUUAGAACCCUAAAACAAGCAGGCGCAGCGGUUGAGUUCCCCAAAAAGGCGGGUGUUAGAGUUGUCCGAUGUUGGCGAAAGAAAACGAGAUGCGCAAGCAAGGUGAUUCUGAUUGCAGUUCCGAUUCUGGGAGCGGAGCACAAGCUAUGACGCUAGCACUGAAACCGAAACACCCGCCGUCGUCGUCGUCUAAGGUAUUUAGCGACGAAGACUCAAUAACGCUGUUAAAGAGUCUCGCCGUUUUCUGGGCUAGUGGUAGAAAUAAUAAGUGGGCAGACUUCCACCGGAUUGUCAAGGACAAACUUUCCAAGCCAGAUUUUACGCGCGUUCAAAUAUCUGAGAAGGUCCGAAGUUUGAACAAAAAGUAUAAGACUAACUGGCAAAGAGGUCGCGUCCCCGACAACCCUCAUGAAUUGGUUGUGUAUGAGUUGUCCAAGCCGUUGUGGGAAGAUGAGAUGAAUCAAGAAAGUGGUAAGGUGUGGGAAGAUGAGAUGAAUCAAGAAAGUGGUAAGGGGAUGAAGAAGAAUAAAAAGAGGAAACGCGAGAGAAAUCCAACAUUGGAUGAAUUUCGGUCUUCCUAUCCAAAUUUAUAUGCGUCGUUCAAUAUGUUUGGAUUUCCCAAAAUUGCCCGGAAAAGAUGUGUAUUGCUUGGGAGAGAGAAGGCACAAAAGCUUGAAAAUGAGUGGAAGCAACUCACUGAAGAAUUGCAUUGUUUAGAGGGUAAAAGGCUUGCCCUCUCAACGAAACCAACAGGCGACAAUUCAGAGGAAGGUUAAGGUACGGUGGAGAAUCUAUCCUUGCUACUUGUAUAUUUAAUUCAAUAUAUGGUUUUAGUUCAAGUUUUAUUAUAUGUGUUCAUGACAUGAAUAUUGAGAUCUCAUGCUAUUAAAACCUAGCUAGCUCAGAGGGUCACAAAAGUAAUAUCCUCUCAAUAUAUGAAAAAUAGAAGAAAAAAAGGAAACAAAAACCGAUCGAUCAUUAUAAAGCCCUCACUGAGUUAUAGGGUCUCAUGGUUAUAUAUGAGUUGAUUAUAAAGUUGGUUUGUUUAUGUGACAAUAUAUCUUAAUCGCAUGCUGAUAGUAUAAGUUAUGAUAUUCUAUCUAUUUUUGUUU